AUGGCGGCGACUGGGAAUCCUUCCGAUGGUCAUGGAAACAAUUUUGAUAAUUACAAGACUCAUGAACAACUGGAUGCAAUCUGCGCCACCAGUAAUGGCCCACCGGUUCCUGAUAACUCCUUGGAGGGUCCUUCUCAGGUUGCCCUCAGUUAUAACUCUGACCUCUCCGUCAAAUGGUCUAGCGACGAACAAUACAUCCUUGAAGAUUUGCUCUCCAAAUACACCUCAGAUACUAUCAUAGUUCAAUAUGCUAAAAUUGCUCAGCAGUUAAAUGAUAAGACAGUUCGUGAUGUGGCAUUGCGCUGCAAAUGGAUGACUAAGAAGGAAUAUGGAAAGCGAAGGAAAGAUGAUCAAAAUUCAUUGAGGAAAAAUAAAGACAAAAAGGAAAAAGCUAAUGCUUUUUUGCCAAGAUCUUCUCAAGUUGCAACCCAUGCUCAGCCAGUGCUGUCAAACGACAAUGAUGAUGGAAUCUCAUACAAAGACAUUAGUGGAGCAACUGGACAGCUUCUUGAACAAAAUGCUCAAGCCUUCGAUCAAAUUUCUGCAAACUUUGCUGCUCUCAAGAUACAUGAGAACAUCAACCUCUUCUGCCGAACUCGAAACAAUAUUCUAACUAUGUUAAAUGAGAUUGAGGCAAAGAAGGCAGCAGUCCCAAAGCAGAUGCCACCAUUUCCUGUGAAACUGAAUGAAGAGCUUGCUAAUUCCAUUCUUCAUCAAACAUCUAUGCGGAUGCCGAUGCCAAAUCAAUCUUGA